AUGACCAUUGCUCAUCCACUGACAGGAUCUCGAGCUUUUCUUACGACUGAAACCGUACAUCCCUUGAUAGUAUAUGUUACGCAUUGGCAGCGUCUUAGUCGGAGUCAUCGUACAGAGAUGCGGUCCAGGUUACUCUCUACGUCUGUUCCCUCUUUUUAUCUCGCUCUCGAGCAGUACAUGGCAUCUCAGCAUGCUGCUGCUGUCAGGGAAGGUGUGAGCGCUGCCGUACAGGCAUAUGAAGAAGCUGUGGCUACUGCCUCCCACGCAUAUGAAGAGGCUGUGAAGGCUUUUGUCUACACAUAUCAAGGAAAAUCGCCUGCUUGGAUGGCCAAGUUGCCGUUUGAACCCUUCAAGAGGAAGGCAAAAGAAGCUAUUGAACGCUCUCAGGAAGCGAAGCAAUCCUUCGAACGCUCGAAGCAGGAGGAGAAAGAAUCCUCACGUUCUCGGGCGAAGGCUGAGGAGACCUUAACGUUGGGCAAUGCAAUACAGCGUUCCGGUUCAGAUGAGAUGUUUUGGCUGGGAAUGGAUAUAAGUAGCUACACAUCCAAUUUUCUUUUCCUCCUUUCGAACCCACGUCAAGAACGCUUAGAGGGUGCAAAUUACUCCAAAGAGCUGGCAGCGAAACAAGGGGCCUGGGCCUUACUCUCAUUUCUUGUCAACCGGCUGGUUGUCCUGAAGCUGCUGCUGAUACUAGGGUCUGGGUCGACUGAGGGGUGCCGCAAGCAUUUUCAAAAUUGGAGCACGUCUAACUAUAUCCGUUGGUGCAAGCAGCUUGCAACUCUGUGUUGCCCAUCUCUCAACUCGGCAGCAUGGAAGCACAUUUCCAGCCUCCCUACCCUCUUCACAGACACCGUCAACUUUGCACCUUUCCGUAACCUCACAGGUCUUUUUUUCUAUGUCAAAAUGGCUGCAUCCACUAUCACAGUCAUUCAAAACUCAGAAUUCCCCUCGCUAGAAGAGUUUGUACUAGAACUCUGGACCCUGCAGCUCGACUUUCCUCGUCGCUGCUUCAAACUUGAUAACAACCGUCUUUUGGAAGUCAUGCAAGUUGGCUACACGUCCGCUCGCUGGAAUCAGGGGAUGGAGAAACGGUUGGACUUAGCAACGGACGCCGUGAAAAUUGAUAAUGUCGAGUCAUUUCAACAUACCACCCUAGAAUCAUCGAACUUGACCCGGUCUCGUUUAGCAGAUGCCAAAGCUAUUGCUUACAUCCUCUUCUCCACGCUCCCUCACAUCGACCAAGUCACUGACUAG